AUGCAUACAUUAGCCGGGCCUGCUGCUAGCACAUUGGCUAACGCGUCACUCAGCUUGCAACGAACCACCUCACAGCGUAUCGGGGGCUCACUGAACUCAGUUUCUGCCUUGGGUGUGUCUCUGGAUAGUCGGAAUCAAAGGAGUAGCUUUACAGGUGCUUGGGCUGGUACUGAAGCUUCUUCUGUGAAAUGUAAGUUGCAGGGUAGCAUUCAUCUACCUGCAUUCUCAAUGGAUGGGGACUUCAUUAUUGGGGGUGCUUUCUCUCUUCACUCCUACACGCAAACAGUGAGCCAUGAUUAUACCAUCAUGCCUGAGCCAGUAAGAUGCAAAGGGAGCAUAAAUGCCGAUGAGCUGCAGUUGUCACAUGCAAUGGUCUUUGCCAUAGAAGAGAUUAACAACAAUACAGAGCUGCUGCCCGGAAUCAGGCUUGGGUAUCAGAUCUAUGACUCAUGUGCAUCAGUUUCCAUGACAGUGCAUUUGGCAUUUCAGUUUUUGAAUAGCUUGGACCUUGUGUUUCACACUGGCAAAAACUGCUCCCAGUCAGGUAUGGUGAUGGCUGUUGUUGGUGAGUCUGGGUCUACGCCAUCCAUCAGCAUGUCACGGAUCAUCAGUCCCUUUAACAUUCCUCAAGUGAGCCCCUCUGCCACAUGUACAUGCUUGUCUAACAAGCAGCAGUACCCAAGUUUUUUCAGAACAAUCCCCAGUGACCAGUUUCAAGCUGCUGCUCUAGCCAAGUUGAUAAAACACUUUGACUGGACUUGGAUAGGUGCUGUUCGGUCAGAUUCGGAUUAUGGAAAUAACGGCAUAGCAUCUUUUCUUGAAGCAGCACAGAGAGAGGGGAUCUGUGUGGAAUACUCUUUGUCCUUCUAUCGGACCCACCCACAUAGCAGGAUUCAGAAAGUAGCAGAUGUUAUCCGCAGGUCAAAGGCUGUAGUUGUUGUGGCAUUUGCAUCUUCAGGCGACAUGAAGAUCCUGUUUGAGGAGUUAUCACGUGAGCCUUUCCCACCUCGACAAUGGAUAGGCAGUGAGUCAUGGGUGACCAACCCGGGAUUAAGGAAGUACAGUUUUCUCGCUGGGACCAUUGGAUUUGGAAUUCAGAAAUCUGUAAUCCCAGGUUUCAGAAACUUCCUGUUGAAUCUCUCUUUUGCUCAAGUGGCUGUAUCACCACUGCUUACUGAGUUCUGGGAGGAUUCCUUCAACUGCACAAUAAAAGAAAGAAAGAAAGUAUGUAAUGGAACUGAAGAUAUAAAGACUCUCCAAACCCCGUACACUGAUACAUCUCAGCUUAGAAUUAGUAACAUGGUGUACAAGGCUGUGUAUGCAAUUGCACAUGCCAUUCAUAAUGCAUUAUGUCAGGGAAGAAAUGUCACAGCUCAGUGUGACAAACUAACCAAAUUACAGUCCAAGCAGAUUCUAACUGAGCUGAAGAAAGUACAUUUUUCCCGAAAUGGAUAUGAUGUGUCAUUCGAUACUAAUGGGGAUCCUGUGGCUAUUUAUGAGUUGGUUAACUGGCAGAAAACUAUGGCUGGCAUAACUGACAUAGUGAAUGUAGGGCUGUAUGAUGCAUCACUGCCAGAGGGCCAGGAGUUCCAGAUUAACAAAAACAUCAUCUGGAUGGAGGGCAGCACGAAAGUGCCAGUGUCAGUGUGCAGUGGGAGUUGUCCUCCAGGAACUCGUAAAGUGCUGCAAAAAGGAAAACCCAUUUGCUGCUAUGACUGUACCGCAUGUCCUGAGGGAGAGAUUAGUAAUACUACAGAUUCAACUGAUUGUUUACCCUGCCACAAAGAGUUCUGGCCUAAUGCAAAGAGAGACACUUGUAUCCCUAAACCUGUAGAGUUUCUUUCAUUUCAAGACAUCCUUGGAAUCACCCUGGCUACAUUCUCAAUUCUAGGUGCCUUUCUUGCCAUUAUAACUGCGGCUAUAUUCUUUUAUCACAGGACAUCUCCAAUUGUCCGAGCCAACAAUUCUGAGCUGAGCUUCCUGCUGCUCAUCUCUCUCACUCUGUGUUUUUUAUGUUCAUUAACUUUCAUUGGGGCACCAUCUGAGUGGUCCUGCAUGCUGCGCCACACUGCAUUUGGGAUCACCUUUGUACUCUGUAUCUCCUGUGUACUUGGGAAAACUAUAGUGGUUUUAAUAGCUUUUAAAGCAACACUUCCAGGUAGUAAUGUGAUGAAAUGGUUUGGUCCUCUACAGCAAAGAAUGACUGUUAUGUCUUUCACCUUUAUUCAAGUUUUAAUAUGUACAAUUUGGUUGGUAGUGAGCCCUCCAGUCCCAAUAAAAAAUCUAACCACAUACAAGGAGAUAAUCAUAUUGGAAUGUGCAUUAGGCUCUGCUGUUGGCUUCUGGGUUGUGCUCGGUUAUAUAGGCCUGCUUGCUUCCUUUUGCUUUGUUUUAGCUGUCUUAGCCCGCAAAUUACCUGAUAAUUUCAAUGAAGCCAAGCUUAUCACCUUCAGCAUGCUGAUAUUUUGUGCAGUGUGGAUCACCUUUAUCCCAGCAUAUGUCAGCUCUCCUGGGAAAUUCACUGUGGUUGUGGAAAUUUUUGCCAUUCUGGCCUCCAGCUUUGGACUAAUGCUGUGUAUAUUUGCUCCCAAGUGCUUUAUCAUAUUGUUUAAGCCUGAGAAGAACACGAAAAAAUGUUUAAUGAACAAAAACCAAUCAUAA